CUGUCCAGGGGGCUUGGUCUUGUGACAUCCAUGGUGUUGCAGGUUGGCUGAAUAGUCCAGAGGGGGCUUGCCUUGAUCCUUGAGGGUCUUGUCAUUCAGAGGGCUUGAUUAUGUGCUUGAAGCUUUGAUUUUGUGGGCCUCUUAUUCAAGAUUGGCUUACCACAGCGGUGGGUUUUAUCAAUGCAAUGACCGGUUUUACAAUUCGAUUUGCUGGUGGCAUCCAAAUGCUUGGUGGCAUACUGUUUCCAGGAAACGUCUUUGGAAACAUGUGGUUUACGAUCUACGGGGCCUCAAGUGCACUCCAAGGCAUAAACAUCUUGAAAGAUGCAAAAUACGGACAGUACAUCCACCUCCCCCAAAAUCUUGUGGUUUACUCGCAAUUGAUAGGCUGCACUAUUGGAAGCUUGUCUACCCUGCUCGUCGUGAAGCCCAUUCUCAGGAAUCAGCGCGAGGUCCUGCUUUCACCCAAUGGAAACGGCGUCUUUUCAGGUGCUGAAUUUGCUGCAUUCCAGGCUCGGUCCGUCAGGUUAGUAAUCUAA